AUGACAACUGAAUCCGGUUCAGACUCGGAAUCCAAGCAGGACCAAGAGGCGGAGCCCCAGGAGGCUGCGGGUCCACCUGGGCUUGCUGGGGUGCAGCCACCAGGGCCUGACCCGGAGCCCAAAGCGGAGCAACAGGAGGCUUUGGAGCAGUUCGAGGCUGCUGCUGCACACAGCACCCCUGUGAGAAAGGAGAAGCGCUCCAGAGGUCAAGUGCUGUUUGAUAAAGUAUGUGAACACUUGAACCUGCUAGAAAAGGACUACUUUGGGCUUACAUAUCGAGACGCUGAAAACCAAAAGAAUUGGCUGGACCCUUCUAAGGAAAUAAAAAAACAAAUUCGAAGUGGUGCUUGGCACUUUUCAUUUAAUGUGAAAUUUUACCCCCCAGACCCUGCCCAGCUAUCUGAAGAUAUCACCAGGUACUACCUCUGCCUACAAUUGCGAGAUGACAUUGUUUCUGGAAGGCUGCCCUGCUCUUUUGUGACCCUUGCCCUGUUGGGCUCUUACACAGUACAAUCAGAACUGGGAGACUAUGAUCCUGAUGAAUGUGGUAACGAUUAUGUUAGUGAAUUCCGCUUUGCACCAAACCACACUAAAGAACUGGAAGACAAAGUGAUUGAACUGCACAAGAGCCACAGAGGAAUGACACCAGCAGAAGCAGAAAUGCAUUUCUUGGAAAAUGCCAAAAAACUAUCCAUGUAUGGAGUUGAUUUACAUCAUGCCAAGGAUUCAGAAGGAGUUGAAAUUAUGUUAGGAGUUUGUGCUAGUGGUCUAUUGAUAUAUCGUGACCGACUUCGAAUAAACAGAUUUGCCUGGCCCAAGGUUCUAAAAAUUUCAUACAAACGGAACAACUUUUACAUUAAGAUCAGGCCAGGAGAGUUUGAACAAUUUGAAAGCACGAUUGGGUUUAAGCUGCCAAAUCAUCGAGCUGCCAAGCGUUUAUGGAAAGUGUGUGUUGAACACCAUACGUUUUUCAGACUGUUGUUACCAGAAGCACCUCCAAAGAAGUUCCUUACCUUGGGUUCCAAGUUUCGUUAUAGUGGCAGAACACAAGCCCAGACAAGGAGAGCCAGUGCACUGAUAGAUCGUCCAGCCCCGUACUUCGAGCGCUCAUCCAGCAAACGUUAUACCAUGUCUCGCAGCCUGGAUGGAGAGGUUGGUACUGGCCAGUACGCUGCAACAAAGGGCAUCUCUCAAACCAACUUGAUCACCACUGUGACACCCGAGAAAAAGGCCCAGGAGGAGCGCGACGAAGAAGAGGACCGCCGAAAAAAGGCUGAGGAAGCCACGCCCGUCGCGGCAGUACGGCAUGAGGGAAAGUCACCCAGGCUCAGCACUGACUCAUGUUCCCUGUCACCACCAUCAGCAUGUAGCCCCCCUGCAUCUCCCACAAAGCUCCGCCAGAGAUGCAAGGAGAAGGACCACGAGCCUGCAGGCUGCAAGCCCUGUAAAGACCCCGUGCAGAUGCGCGGUGAGCCUGCCCUGGACACUGAAGGCAAAGGGAAGCCCUACCUGGGGAACCCAGAUGUGGCUUUUAGCUACACACAGCCAGCCGGCAGAGGGACUACCCUGUUUUCCUUCUCCUUGCAGCUCCCUGAGUCAUUUCCUUCUCUUCUAGAUGAUGAUGGGUACCUCUCUUUCCCCAGCCUCUCUGAAUCCAACCUCCUCCCACAGAGCUUGCAGCAUUACCUCCCGAUCCGCUCUCCCUCCCUUGUGCCCUGCUUCCUCUUCAUCUUUUUCUUUCUGCUCUCCGCCUCCUUCUCAGUGCCAUAUGCCCUCACUCUCUCCUUCCCUCUGGCUAUGUGCCUCUGCUACCUGGAGCCCAAGGCGGCCUCCUUGACUGCCUCACUAGACAAUGACCCGAGUGACAGUUCAGAGGAAGAGACUGACAGUGAGCAGACGGAUACUGCAGCUGAUGGGGAGACGACUGCCACAGAGUCGGACCAGGAGGAAGAUGCAGAGCUCAAGGCACAGGAGCUAGAUAAAACUCAAGAUGACCUAAUGAAACAUCAAACCAACAUUAGUGAGCUGAAAAGGACCUUUUUAGAAACCUCCACAGAUACGGCCACAGCAAACGAGUGGGAAAAAAGGCUUUCCACGUCCCCAGUGAGACUGGCUGCCAGGCAGGAGGACGCACCCAUGAUUGAACCACUUGUGCCUGAAGAGACUAAACAAUCUUCUGGUGAAAAACUCAUGGAUGGCUCUGAGAUCUUCAGUUUAUUAGAGUCUGCGAGAAAGCCAACAGAAUUCAUAGGAGGGGUUACUUCCACUCAAACUUGGGUUCAGAAAAUGGAAACCAAGAUGGACUCCAGUGAAACAGAGACAGAAACAACCCAGGGCCACCAGCCACUUAGCACUGACAAGGUUGUGCAGGAGACUGUGUUGGUGGAAGAAAGACACUUGAUGAAUGUGCACGCGAGUGGGGAUGCUUCUUACGCAGCUGGAGAUGACAUGGAUGUUGCAGCACAGGCAGCAUCUGAGGCUUCUAGCGUUAAAGGGAAGGAGGGCUCUGCUCUGAUGGAGGGGACUAAAGAGGAGAAAAGGGAGACGGCUGAUACAACCGUCCUUGAACAGGAAGAAGUAGCCACUGCUUCUCAUGAGCAAGAAGAGGAGCAGAGUGCAGCCAUCCACAUUUCUGAGACUUUGGAACAAAAACCUCAUUUUGAGUCAUCAACUGUGAAGACAGAAACCAUCAGUUUUGGCAGUGUUUCACCAGGAGGUGUAAAGCCAGAAAUUUCUACCAAGGAAGUGCCAGUAGUUCAUACAGAAACAAAAACCAUAACAUAUGAAUCAUCACAGGUGGAUACUGGUGCUGAUUUGGAGCCGGGCGUGCUGAUGAGUGCACAGACAAUCACCUCGGAAACUACCAGUACCACAACCACCACCCAUAUCACCAAAACUGCAAAAGGAGGCAUUUCAGAGACAAGAAUUGAGAAGCGAAUAGUCAUCACCGGGGAUGCAGACAUUGACCAUGACCAGGCGCUGGCUCAGGCAAUUAAAGAGGCCAAAGAGCAGCACCCUGACAUGUCAGUGACCAAAGUAGUGGUCCAUAAAGAGAUCGAGAUCACACCCGAAGAUGGAGAGGAUUGA